AUGGCUUCUGAGACGCCCAGCUCUACCGGUACGCCCGCCUCGACCAUGGCCAGCGACUCAGCUUACAAGCCAAGGUACAUCGAUAUCGGCAUCAACCUGGCCGAUCCAAUCUUCCGGGGGAAAUACCACGGCACCCAACGGCACCCCGACGACCUCAGUGCCGUGAUCUCGCGCGCGCAAGAAGUGGGAUGCCAUAAGCUGAUCGUCACCGGCUCCGAUCUCGCAACCUCGAGACACGCCCUCGAGAUUGCCGGGGAGUACCCCGGCGCUGUAUAUACCACAGCGGGCAUCCACCCGUGUUCAAGCGCCAUAUUCAGCAACAAGUCACUCGCAGGCCACGAGGACGACACAGACACAGACGGCCACACGACGCCGUGUGACCCCGACCCAUCCAAGCCCGUACCGGAAGAGGACCACGAGCCCAGCCCGGAGAAGAUGGCGGAGAUCAUAUCCGCGCUGCGCAACCUGAUCUCGGAAUCGCGUCGGGGGGGCAGUAGCACGACGCCCCCCACGCCGCGCCUCGUCGCCUUCGGCGAGAUCGGGUUAGACUACGACCGGCUGCACUACUGCUCGCGCAACAUCCAGCUGCACGCGUUCGCCGCGCAGCUGGACCUCGUGCUCUCCCUGCAGCCGCAACUCCCGCUCUUUUUACACUCGCGGGCCGCGCACGGCGACUUCGUGGCACUCCUGAAAGAGAAAUUCGGCGCGCGCCUCCAAAAACUCGAAAGGGGCGGCGUGGUGCACAGCUUCACGGGCACGGCGGCCGAGAUGCGCGAGCUGAUGGACCUGGGGCUGUAUAUUGGGGUUAACGGGUGCAGCUUCAAGACGGCUGAGAACUGCGCCGUGGUCGGGCAGAUCGAGAUGGAUAGGUUGAUGUUGGAGACGGAUGGGCCGUGGUGCGAGGUCAGGCCUAGUCAUGAGGGCUGGAAGUACCUGGUUGAGCCCACGAAGCGUGCUGACGGCAGCAACGAUAAUGAGAGGACCUCCACGUCGACCUCAACAUCAACAUCAAUAUCGACACCAACCCCAGAACACCAAGCGCCUCCACCCCCAGCAAAGAGGCAAUCCAAGAAAAAGCCACAAAAGAAAGAGCCCGAUGUCCCCGAACGGUUCAAGACGGUCAAAAGAGAAAAAUGGGUCGAGGGCGCCAUGGUCAAGGGCCGCAACGAGCCGUGCUCGAUCGAGAGGAUGGGCCGGAUCGUCGCGGGCAUCAAGGGCGUGUCCGUGGAGGAGGUGUGCGAGGCGGCGUGGCGGAAUACUACGAGGGUGUUUAGUCUGGAGGACAAGUAA